AGGCCUUGUCCUUAUAUAUAAAAUCUCCAAGAUGCUAUCGAUAUUUAGCUUAUUUGUUCAUUUUGCCAUCACCUGCCACUUUACGCCAACUGCUUAAAAAAGUGCACUCUGACACUGGCAUCAAUAAAGUGAUGCUGAAACAUUUGAAGCAAAAGGCACAAAAGAUGAAGGAGUUAGACAAAGUAUGUGUGCUAAUGUGGGAUGAAAUGAGUCUCACACCGCAUAUACAAUAUAAUGAAGCGAAGGACAAGUACGUUGGAUUCGAAGACUACGGAAAUGAACGAACUCAACACUUUGCUGAUCAUGUGCUCGUAUUUAUGUUACGAGGAAUAGCAACAGGCUGGAAGAUACCUUUAGGAUAUUAUUAUUGCGAGAGCUCAACAAACCAUUUCCGACUCAUGCGAUGCAUUCAGGACAAUGUUCGCACUGUAACCCAUGCUGGAUUGAAUCUGGUAGCUACAGUUUGUGACCAAGGUUCUGCAAACAUGUCAGCACUGCGAAAGUUCCGAAAACAACAUUCUAUAAGGACAGGAAUACCUGAAAAUAUGUGUACGGAAAUCGACAUUGCAAACUGUUCGCUAAUAACAAUAUACGAUCCUCCUCAUCUUUUAAAAGGCAUCAGAAACAAUUUAUUAACAAAGGAUUUGGAGAUUAACUAUGCGACAGAUAGGCCAGAAAAGGAUAGGCAGUAUGCAACCUGGCUUCAUAUUGACAAAGCGUAUGAAAUAGACGUGCAUGAGUGCACAAUAAAUAGAGCCAUGCCAAAAUUGACAGAUCAGCACAUUAAAGUCGACAAAAUUCGGAAGAUGAAGGUGAAGAAUGCUGCUCAAAUAUUCAGCCGAUCCGUAUCUUUGUUUCUUCAGUUAGCUGUUUUAUGGAGUUGUGGUAAGCUAUUUCCAUUUUAAAUGCAAAC